UUCACCUCAGCGGAGACCCAUGAAGCAUAACUGUUGAGUGAGGUCACCCCAGCCCUGGGGAGCGGGCUCAGGAACUAUUCCUUCCACUUCGCCGGAUCCUCUUAAUUUUGCUUUGCUUCUCCCCUCUCUUUCCCACUGCCAAGGUUUUUGGGGCUGUUAUCCACAGAGCAUUAAACUUUGUUUUCUCUGUUUAAGCUUUUACCCUCAAGGUUACGGACUGUUUCUGGCAAUGACAUUUGCGAUUGACGAAAUAAAUAACUCCACCUCACUUUUGCCGGGAAUACGCCUGGGUUAUGAAGUCCACGACGACUGUUUCGAGACUGUGGCCUCCAUCCUGCCGAGCCUUCUCUUCUUGUCUAACAGCAAAGGGAGUGGGGUCGACGUGCUCUGCAACUACACCGAGUACAGGAGCCGGGCAAUCGCUCUGCUGGGACCAUGGACAUCAGAACAGGCAAUAAUCAUAGCCAAGUUGUUCGGGUUGUUUUUGUUUCCACAGGUAAGUCCCUUGCGGUCUUCUAUUUGCUAUGGUUGGAGCCAAAGCAAGCAGCGUUAUGGAUCCUCCAGUGCCAAACUAAGCAACAAGAAGGUCUUUCCGUCAUUCCUGAGGACAAUGCCAAGUGACAAUAACCAAGCAAUAGCCAUUGUCUCUAUUAUCAGGAAGUUCAAAUGGAACUGGAUUGCUGGCAUUGGGAGUGAUGAUGAAUAUGGGCGACAGGGGAUAGAACUGGUCCAGAGGUAUGCUUCACUCCAAGGUAUCUGUGUAGGCUUCAUUGAGAUAAUCCCCAUCCACCUCAGCCUGUCCAGUACCAAGCAAAAAAUCUCAGAGAUCAUCGACCAUAUCAGCCAAGUGAACGUUAACAUUAUCAUCCUCUUCUCCAGUGAAGGACCUGUUCAGGAACUGAUGAAAGAGGUGAUUCAGAGAAAUAUCACCAGGAAGGUCUGGAUUGCAAGCGAAGCUUGGGUUAAAUCCGGCGUUGUUAUUAACAUACCAGGUAUUGAGCGCAUUGGCACAGUGAUUGGUACAGUCAUUAACAGUGGCAGCAUGCCAGGGUUUGAGGAUUACAUUUUAAACCAUCUUACCAACAUCAGGAGUUCAAAGCGACAGCGAUGUGAUGCAGAGUACUGCGGUAACCAUAUCUUUCCUUUUUGGCCGUAUCCCACCUCACAGCAGCUCCUCAGCGACGUUCAACUUCUGUCACCUGAAAACCUGUCCGUUGUGUUGGACCAGCCAGUGAGACGGGACACGUUCAGUGUGUACACAGCUGUGUACAGUAUCGCAUACGCACUACAUACCCUGCUAAAGUGCCACACUGGGGGAUGUGAAACCGCAACAGUAUGGUACAACUGGCAGGUACAAAAAAGUUUCAAUGUUUACACCCAGAGUCAAAAGUUGCAUGCAGAUCUAAUUUAUGUUUCUGGAUUGUGCCUGCUGGAAGUGUUAAAACAAGUUAAGUUCACUGUCAACGGCAUUGGCGUUUCCUUCGAUGCUGAAGGAAACCCACAGCAAGGUUACGACAUCAUUACCUGGACGCAGCAUGCAGGACAACUCCAGCUUCCAGUGAUUGGCAGCUACAAAGAUCACUUGACCAUCGAUGCUUCUCUGAUUCAGUGGAAGACAGACAAUAAUGAGGUACCUCUGUCCCACUGUUCCAAGAGCUGUGGCCUGGGCCAAAAGAAACUUGUCAUCAGUCUUUACUCCUGCUGCUUUGAAUGUGAAGACUGCCCAAGUGGAACCUUCCAGAACUCAACUGAUGGGUUUUCCUGUUAUCUUUGCCAACCAGAUGAAUGGUCUCUGCCAAAAAGCUCUUCCUGCUUCAAGAGAACUCUGCAGUACCUGUCUGUGUCCUCACCUCUUGGCGUGACUCUGCUGCUGUUCAUGGUGCUUGAGCUCACACUAAUAUUGGCUGUCAUAGUCAUCUUCCUGGUGAACUCUGGUGCUCCGAUUGUGGAAGGUACCGGUGGGAAAAUGAACAUAGUCAUCCUAACCUCACUGGCUCUGUUAUGCUGCAGCUCAUUGCUUUUCCUUGGAGAACCUACUGAACUUACCUGCAAGUUACGCCAGCCGGUAACUACUCUCAGCCUCACCAUCUGCACAUCAAUUCUGCUUAUCAAUUCAGUACAGAUACUGCUCACCAUAGAGUUCACCAGUUUAAGCAAGCCUUUCCUCUGCAAAUACCAAUGCUGUGGAAGGUACGCUAUCCUCUGUGCCAGUCUUGGGGGCCAAGGAGCCAUUUGUUACCUGUGGCUGAAGACCCACGGUGACUUUCUGAUGAUGACCACGGGCGAUUCUGAAGGUGCCCUUUCCCUCUUCUGCAAGAGUGAUUCAGAGCUAGUGUUCUGGCUGAUGUUGGGAUAUAGUGGUCUCCUGGCACUGGCCUGCUUCAUGUCUACCUUUCUGAUCCAAACACCGGCUCAAACAUACAAUCUAGCCCGGGAGAUUACUGUUUCCAUGCUCUUCUUUAUAUCUGUCUGGAUUUGCUUCAUCCCAACCUACACAGCUGUAAAAAAGAGGUACACACCCGCUGUACAGAUCACAGCCAUGCUCCUCAGUUCCAUGGCAAUACUUGGUGCCUAUUUUAUCCCCAAAUGUUUUGUGCUUUGGUUUAAGCCACAAUACAACACCAGAGAUUACUUCCAAGUUUAUAAUCUUAAAAUUUCAGGAAAGAAGGAGCAUCAAUGAUAUAAAGUGUCUGAAUCUGCUUAAGAGAUAAUUCAGAUAGUUAGAGGAAGGAAUUCACAUAGAUGGAAAAUCACAGAUAGAGAGCGUGUCGAGGGGGGGAAGGGGGAGGAAAAUGGAUUGUAAAAAGCAUUUGGCUAGAGGGACGGGGUCAAUUGGGGAAGGACAUGGAUUAAUGAACAGAUAUAACAAGGAAAAUGUCACAUCAAAACAAAUUCAUGAUCUCACUGAUCAUUUCUCAUUUGGGUGCCCUGGUCCUCAUUCUUAGCUACAUUCUAUCUGUGUCCUCUGGUCUUCGGCUCUCCCAUCGUAGGAAACAUCCUCUCCACAUCCACUCUAUCAAGGCCUUUCACCAUUUUAUAGGUCUCAACGAGGUCACCCCUCAUUCUUCUGAAUUCUAGUGAAAACAGUCCCAGAGCCAUCAAAUGCUCUUCACAUGACAAGCCAUUCAAACCUGGAAUAAUUUUCAUGAACCUCCUUUGCACCCUCUGCAGUUUCAGCACAUCCUUUCUAAGAUAAAGUGCCCAAACCUGCCCACAAUACUUCAAGUGAUGCCUCACCAGUGCUUUAUAAAGUUUCAACAUUACAUCCUUGCUUUUAUAUUCUAGUCCUCUUGAAAUAAAUGCCAACAUUGCAGUUGCCUUCCUCACCACAGACUCAACCCUUAGGGAAUCCUGCAUAAGGACUCCCAAGUCCCUUUGCACCUCACAAAAUAAUUAACCCUUUAAUUUCUUCUACCAAAAUGCAUGACCAUACACUUCCAACACUGUACAGUAUUCCAUCUGCCAUUUCUUUGCCCAUUCUCCCAAUCUGUCUGUCCUUCUGUGCCUACUCUGCUUCCUCAAAACUACCUGUCCCUCACCUAUCAUUUGCAAACUUUGCAACAAAGCCAUCAAUUCCAUCAUCCAAAUUAUUGACACAUAACGUAAAAAGAAUCAGUCCCAACACAGACUCCUGUGGAACACCACUAGUCACUGGCAGUCAACCAGAAAACGCUCCCUUUUGUUUCACUGUUUGUCUCCUGCCAAUCAGCCUCUGCUUUAUCCAUGCUAGAAACUUCCUGUAAUAUUAUUUUUUACUUACAGAGCACAGCCACCCCCUCUGCCUUUCUGCCUGUCCCUUCAAUACAAUGUGUAUCCUUGGACAUUAUGCUCCCAGCUAUAAUCUUCCAGCCAUGAAUCAGUGGUGGCUAUAACAUCAAACCUGCCAAUCUGGAACUGUGCUGCAAGUUCAUCUGCUUUAUUCCGUAUACUGUGCACACUCAGAUACACCUUCAGUCCUGUGUUCACCCUUUUUGUAUUUUCUCGCUCCACGCUCAACCUUUUGAUUCCUAAAUUUGUCUGAGGUCUUACCAACAUUUGCCUCCACAAUCUCUCCACUAACUGUUCUGGCUCUCUGUUUCCCAUCCCCCUGCAACUUUAGUUUAUAUCUCACCGUGCAGCAUUAACAAACCUUCCCUCUAGGAUAUUAGUCCCCCUCCAGUUCAGGGGCAAACCGUCCCUUCUUCCCUGGAAGAGAGCCCAAUGAUCCAGAACUCUUAUGCCCUCCCUCCUUUGUCACAUAUUGAACUGUAUAGUCUUCCUAGUUCUGGCCUCACUAACACGUGGCACAGGUAGCAAUCCUGAGAUCACAACCCUGGAAGUCCAGCCUUUUAACUUAGCACCUAAUUCCCUGAUCUCACUUUGCAGAACCUCGUCACUCAUCCUACUCAUUGGUACCUACAUGGACCACAACUUCUGUCUGUUCAUCCUCCCACUUAAGAAUGUUGUGUACUCGAUCCGAGAUAUCCCAGACCUUGACAGCCCAGAGGCAUCAUACCAUCUGGGAAUCUUAUUCUCACCCACAGAACCUUCUCUCUGUUUCCCUGACUAAUUAAUCCCUGAUCACCACAGCAUGCCUCUUCUUCUCCCUUCCCUUCUGAGUCACAGAGACAGAGUCAGUGCCAGAGACUUGACCACAGCGACUUUUCUUUGUUAUGUCUUCCACCCUGACAGUAUCCAAAGUGAUAUACCUGUUGUUGAGGGGAAUGGCUACAGGGGUACUCUGCACUGACUCCUUAACCCCUUUCCCUUUCCUGACUGUCACCCAGUUUCCAGUGUCCUGCACCCUGGGUUUAACUGCCUCCCUAUAUGUCUUCUCUAUCAUUCCUUCAGCCUCCCAAAUGAUCUGGAGUUCAUUCAGUUCCAGGUCCAUCUCCUUAACGUGAUUGUUAGAAGCUGCAGCUGGAUGCACUUCUUGCGGUUGUUGUCAUGGUCAGGGAUACUGGACGCCUCCCUGCCUUCCCACAUCCUGCAAGAGGAGCAUUGUAUUAUCCUGCUUGGCAUCUCUACUGUCCUAAUUGAGCAGAUAUAAAGAAGAGAAGGGGAAAAGAUUAGCUUUUUUCCCCUCUGCUUUCUCUGAAUGAAGCCUCAAAGAGCUAAAGCCUUAAGAUCACCACUCUGACUACGUCCACUCAGUUGAUGGCCGCUGCACUUGUCCCUGCCUUCCUUUAGUUUGCUCUUACUAAUCAAUCCCAAAUACCGAUUGGCCGCAGGUCAAAGCUCUAUUAUACUGCUGCCAAAUGCUGCCUUUUAUCCUCAGCAAGUGGACCUGCUUGAAGUCCCCUUCUCUCCAAACCUCCAAAGUCCAAUUGGUGGCUGGUCAAAGUUCCCUCGUUUUUAUGUUGACUCUGACUUCCUUUGUCAGUCAUUGUUGUGUCAUCCUGCCUUUAGAAUACGACUUUUUCUUCGGGAUGUAACUAUCUGGCAUCUUCUGAAUUUCUCCCGGAAACUUCAGCAUUUGCUGCUCUGCUAGUGUCCCUUCCAAUCAACUUUGGCCAGCUGCUCUCUCAUGCCUCUGUAAUUUCCUUUACUCCACAGUAAUACUCAUAUACUUGACAUUAGCUUUUCCCUUUCAAGUUGCAGGGUGAAUUCUAUCAUAGUAUCAUCACUGUCUCCAAGGGGGUUCCUUUACUGAGCCACAACUCAGUGAUGCCCACAAUGUCCUACCUGCCAAUCUCCAACUGUGCUAAAAAAAUUAUCUAACUUAUUCUGUACAUUUCUGCGUGCAUUCAAAUAUAAUACUUUCGUUCCUGUAUUCAUCAUCCUUUUUGAUUUUGUCCCCCUUUUACCCUGCAACUCAUCCCACUGACUGAAUUUUACCCUAUCAUCUGCCUGUCCUUCCUGACAAUCUCACUACACUCUGCCUCUGCUUGUAAACCAACUGCCCCAUCUCCAGCCUGUCAGUCAGUUUUCCAUUCUCCUGCAAAACUAGCUUAAACCCUCUCCAACAGCUAUAGCAAAUCUGCCCGAAGGGAUGUUGAUUCCCCUUGGUUCCCAGGUAGACUGUCCCUUUUGUACAGGUCAUAUAGUGGUGCUAGAAAGUUUGUGAACCCUGUAGAAUUUUUCUAUUUCUGCAUAAAUAUGACCUAAAAUGUGAUCAGAUCUUCACAUGAUCUUCACUGGAUAAGGAGAAUCCAAUUAAAUAAAUAACACAAAAACAUUAUACUUGUUCAUUAAUUUAUUGAGAAAAAUCAUCCAGUAUUAUACGUAAGAAACACACACAAAAUGCUGGAGGAACUCGGCAGGCUGGGCAGCAUCUAUGGAAAAGAGUACAGUCAACAGUUCAGGCCGAGACCCUUCAUCAGGACCGGAGAAAAAAGGUGAGGAGUCAGAAUUAGAAGGCGGGGGAGGGGUGGGGGGAAACACGGGGUGAUGGGUGAAACCGGGAGGAGGGGAAGGGUGAAGUAAAGAGCUGGGAUGUUGAUUGGUGAAAGAAGGCAGGAGAAGGGGAAUCUGAUAGGAGAGGACUGAAGGCCAUCCAAGAAAGAAAAGACAGGAGGAGCACCAGAGGGAGGCGAUGGGCAGGUAAGGAGAUAAGGUGAGAGAGGGGAAAGGCAAUGGGGAAUGGUGAAGGAGGAGGGGUGUAAUUAUCAGAAGUUCGAGAAAUUGAUGUUCAUGCCAAAAAGUUGGAGGAUGCCCAGACAGAACAUGAGGUGUUGCUCAUCCAAUCUGAGUGUGGCCUCAUCACAGCAGUAGAGGAAACCAUGGAUUGACAUGUCGAGAUGGGAAUGGGAAGUGCAAUUAAAACAGGUGGCCAUGGGGAGAUCCCACUUUUCCUGGCAGGCUGAGCGUAGGUGCUUGGCAAAGUUGUUUCCCAGUCUACCGAUAUACAGGAGGCCACACUGGGAGCACUGGCUGCAGUAGAUGACCCCACAGACUCGCAGGUGAAGUGUCACCUCACCCGGAAGGGCAGUUCGUGGCCCUGAAUGGUAGUGAGGGAGGAGGUGUAGGGGUUGGUGUAGCACUUGCUGCGCUUGCAAGGGUAAGUGCCAGGGGGGAGAUCAGUGGGGACGGACGAAUGGACAAGGGAGUCACGUAGGGAGUGAUCCCUGCAGAAAGCAGAAAGUGGGGGGCAGGGGAGGGAAAGAUGUGCUGGGUGGUGGGAUCCCAUUGGAGAUGGCAGAAAUAACAGAGAAUUAUGUGCUGGAUGCGGAGGCUGGUAGGGUGGUAGGUGAGGAUAAGAGGAACUCUAUCCCUGGUGGGGUGGUAGGAGGAUAGGAUGAGGGCAGAUGUGCAUGUAUUUGUUGGAAAAAGUAUGUGAACCUUGGGGUUAUACCUUCUACAAAAGCUAUUUGGAGUCCGGUGUCCCAAUCAAUGAAAUGAGAGUGGAGGUGUGGGUUGUAGAGGUGCCCUGCCCUAUAAAAAAGACAUACAAAGUUAGGUUACUGUUAAAGCCUGCUUUUCUCAAGAAAGAUCUGUUUAUGUGCACCAUGCCUCAAUCAAAACAACUUUCAGGGGAUCUUAGUAGAACUACGGAGAUGCAUGAAGCUGGGAAAGGCUACAAAAGCAUUUCUAAACACCUGAGUGUUCAUCAGUCCACAGGUGGAGAAAUUGUCUACAAAUGGAGGAAACUCAGUACUAUUGCUAUUCUCCCUAGGACUGGGCAUCCUGCAAAGAUCACACCAAAAGCAUAAUGUGCAAUGCUGAAGGAGGUGAAUAAAAAUCCACGGGUAACAGCAAGAGACCUGCAGAAAUCUGUAGAACUUGCUAAAGACUCUGUUCAUGUGUCCACUAUAAGAAAGACAUUGAACAAGAAUGGUGUUCAUGAAAGGACACCAUAGAGGAAACCACAGCUCUCCAAAAAAAAAAACAUUGCUGCACAUCUCAAGUUUGCAGACCACCUGGAUGUUCUACAACACUUCUGGGACAAUGUUCUAUGGGCAGAUGAGACAAAAGUUGAACUUUUUGGCAGAAAUGCACAUUGCUAUAUUUGAAGGAAAAAGGGCACUGCACACCAACACUAAAACCUCAACCCAACUGUGAAGCAUGGUGGAAGGAGCAUCAUGGUUUGGGCUGCUUUGCUGCCUCAGAGCCUGGACAGCUUGCAAUCAUUGAGAGAACAAUGAAUUCAAAAUUGUAUCAAGACAUUUUACAGGAGAAUGUCAGGGUUGCAGUCCAUCACCAGAAGCUUAAUAAAAUUUGGAUAAUGCCACAAGGCAAUGAUCCAAAAGUCAAAAGUAAAUCAACAACAGAAUGGUUUAAAAAAGAAAAUUUGUGUUUUGGAAUGGCUGAGUCAAAGUCAUGACCUUAAUCCUAUAGAAAUGUUGUGGAAGGAUCUGAAGUAAACAGUUCAUGCAAGGAAACCCACCAACAUCCCAGAGUUGAUGCAGUUUUGUAAGGAAGAAUGGCCUAAAAUUCCUCCAAGCUGAUAUGUAGGACUGAUCAACAGUUACCGGAAAUGCCCGGUUGAAGUUAUUGCUGUUCAGGGAGGUCACACCAGUUACUGAAAGCAAAGCUUCACGUACUUUUUCCAAUAAAUACAUGUAAUAUUGGAUCAUUUUUCUCAAUAAACAAAUGAACAAGUGUAACGUUUAAUUUAAUUGGCUUCUUUUUAUCAAGUUUUAGGGCUUAAGUGAAGACCUGAUCACAUGGUAGGUCAAAUUUAUGCAGAAAUAGAGAAAAUUCUACAGGGUCCACAAACUUUCUAGCACCACUGUACCUUCCCCAGAAGAGUUCCCAGUGAUCCAGAAAUCUGAAACUUGCCCCCCACCUCCUGCCGCACAGGGUCCUCAGCCACACAUUCACUUGCCAAAUCAUCCUAUUCUUACACUCACUGCUGCAUGGUGCAGGCAGCAAUCCAGAGAUUACUCUCCCAGAGGUCCUGCUUUUCAGCAUUCUACCUAGCUCCCUAAAUUCUCUCUUCAGGAUCUUCUCUCUUUUGCUUGUCUAUGUCUUUGGUGCAAGAAUGUGCCAAAACUUCUGGCUACUCACCCUCCCCUUUUACCCAAUCUGAGACAUCCCCAACCCUGACAACUGAGAGGCUACAUACCAUUCACGUGUCUCCAUCGCAUCCACAGAAUCUCAUGUCUACUCCUCUAGCUGUGGAAUCCCCUGUCACUACUGCAGUCCCCUUUUCUCCUCUUCCUUUCUGAGCCACAGCACCAGACACCCAGUCACUAUGGCUCCCCCUGGUAGGUCGUCCCCCUCAACAGUAUCCAAAGCAGCACUCUUAUUACUGAGGAGAACCGCCACAGGUGUACUCUGCACUGGCUGCCCAUUUCCUUUCCCUUUCCUGACGGUCAAGGUACCUGCUUCCUGCAAUGUUGGGGUGACUACCUCUGUGUAGUUCCCAUCUAUCACCUCCUCAGUUUCCCGUAUGAGCCAAAGGUCAUCAAGCUGCAGCUCCAGUUCCUUGACAUGUUCUCUGAGGAAAUGCAGCUUGCUGCGCUUGGUGAAGAUGUGGUUAUCCAGGAAGCUGGAGAUCUCCCAGAAUUCCUAUAAUUCUCACAAAGAACACAAUACUGUCCUUGGAGCCAUAAUUGGUGCUCUAACUAUGUACUAGUGAAGAAGAAACUUACCACAUAUGUACUUUGCCCAAGCCUGAUGAGCCAAAGCCUCCCCACUCUAACACUGGACCCCUCACACAAUGGCCACUCCUCAUUUCCCUGCCUUAUUUUUAUUUGCCCUUGCUAACAAAUCACUAUUUGACGGGGCUGCUGGAAAAUGCAGAAAACCCACAAAUGCUCCUUUUUAAAUCUCACUCAUGGACCUGUGAGUUGCUUCCUUUCUCAUUCCCGAUUAGAUUGGACCGCCAGAAGAAUGGCGAAAGCCUGCGAAUGCUCCUUUUUAAAUUUUCACUCGUGGACCCAUGUGUUGUCUCCUCUCUUGCUCUCGAUUCGACUGGGCUGCUGAAAUAUGACAGCAGAAAAAUCUGAAAUUGAAAGACUGUGAAAGCAUCAACUUUAACCACUCAAACUUUGGACCAGAGGAUUAAAUUACUUCUCUUAACCAAUUAUUUUCCAAGACCCUCCUAUAUCUAAUUAUUACUUAACUAUCCUGUUUUAAUAGCACUUUCUGCAUGCUUUGUAUCAAUAGAUAGGAAUUCUCACCAUUUUGUUGCAAACUCCUGUGUGAAUAUCUGAACGAUUCCCUUCAUUUUGAGGAACUGUUUUACAAUGGAAGUAACUGUCAAAUAUGAUUACAACAUUUUGUUUGAACUAGCUAUAAUGUUCGCUUGGGGAAAUAUUUAAAUAACUUUACAAAUGUAAACUUUGAGCUCAAAAUAAAAUGAAUUAUUCUAAGCAUUCAAUAAAUGAUUUAUUCUUUAAACAUGCUGGGGCAAUGGCAUCAA